AAAGAGGUCACGCGCCGGCUCGGCCCGACCGAGCAGCGCACUCUCUUCCGGGUGACAGUUGGCGACCUGCCCGACCUUCCGCUUACCCCACCCCCCCCAACCCGCAGCGACUGUGGCCCGGCUGAGGGGAUUGGCCUCGGAAGUCGAGAGUGGGGGCCGUGGGAUCCAGGCAGGACAAAGUGUACGGAGCAUCGGGGUCUCUCUCCGCCCCAGCUCUGCCUGCCGCUUGCGCGGGGUGUCGUGGCCGAGUCUUCCCCGGCAGGAGCGGUGGUGAAGGGGAGCGGGUUCCGAUUCCGGCCCCAUUCCCGCCCCGCCCCCCUCCACAUGAGAAAUGGACCAAGAUGAUCCUGGAGAGGCCAUGGCAGAACUACAGGGGCGCCACCUUGGGGGACUGGGUAUCUUACAAGUGGCAGCUGGCACCGGCUUAUUUGCCUAUACCUUCUGGGCAGGGUUCCUUAUGCCUGGUUUCCGUAAAGUGCCCCUGAAGCUUCAGGUGCCAUAUGUCCCAGCAAGUAGGCAGCAGGUGGAGAAUGUACUGAGUCUUCUCCAGGGACGCUCUGGCAAGAUGGUGGACUUGGGCUCUGGCGAUGGCAGGAUUGUUUUGGCAGCAUACAGACGAGGAUUCUAUCCUGUUGUGGGUUAUGAACUGAACCCCUGGCUUCUUUGGCUUUCUCGGUUCCAUGCAUGGAGGGCUGGUUGUGCUCGAAAGGUUUCCUACCAGAAGGAGGAUCUCUGGAAGGUGAACCUGACUGACUGCAAAAACAUCACAGUUUUCCUGGCUCCCAGUGUGCUCCCUCUCCUGGAAACCAAAUUACUAGCGGAAUUGCCCAGCAAGGCCCGAGUGAUAUCUGGUCGAUUCCCUCUUCCCAACUGGGAGCCAACAGCCACAGUUGGUGAGGGCCUGGACAAGGUUUGGGCUUAUGAUAUUGGACUGAUCCGGCAGAACAUGGAGAUGAGGGAAACUACCUUCCUACAGGGAACACCUGUCUAGGUUUUGGGGAGGCAAGAUCUCCCUCUACAACGUUUUGGUACUUCAUGAGAGGGGCACUCUACCGUAUAUGUAAGGGCACCUUAGCAGCCUUUUUUUGAAUCAGAUUUCACCUCCCUUAACCACAGAGAACCAGGAUGUGCUCCAAGCUAGAGCUGAUCCUGGUCACUGUACUUGAGGCUCAAAUGUUUAUUAGGAGCCAACACUGAGGAAAAUUCAGGACCACUUCUGAAGAUUUUCACUGGCAACUUGAGGUCAAGAAUUGAAACUUGUUUCCUGUGGUUCACAUUUGAACACAAUAAAAGUUUUUUUCUUUUUGAA